UUUGUGUAGAGGAAGUUUUGUUUUGCGAGUUUUCCGUCCGUUUUGACUCGCCGAGGUCCUAAUUAAUGCGCGUUAACAAAUACAAAGUUAUGUUACUACGAGUCACCUUUUUCAGCUAGGCGCGGGGGUUUUCCAAAGCGAGAUUCCAAGAGCCGGACUGACUGAAGCGGCGGCGCUAAACACUUUCAGAGUAACCCGAGAGUAGCUCGCUGCUAAGCUAACAUUAGCCUUCGGACUGCGGUGUGUUGAAGGGCUCUCUGAGCUAACGAAGCCAUGGGGAACCGGGGCAUGGAAGACCUGAUUCCCCUGAUCAACAAGCUACAAGACGCCUUCAGUUCAAUUGGUCAAAGUGUCAACUUAGACCUUCCUCAGAUAGCUGUGGUCGGCGGACAGAGCGCAGGAAAAAGCUCCGUUCUGGAAAAUUUUGUCGGCAGGGACUUUCUUCCUCGCGGAUCAGGCAUCGUUACCCGCAGACCUCUCAUUUUGCAGCUGGUCAAUAAUAAAGCAGAAUAUGCUGAAUUCCUGCACUGCAAAGGAAAGAAGUUUGUGGAUUUUGAUGAAGUGCGGACGGAAAUUGAAGCAGAAACAGACAGGAUUACAGGAUCCAAUAAAGGCAUUUCUCCUAUCCCUAUCAACCUGAGGGUCUACUCCCCAAAUGUAUUGAACCUGACCCUGAUUGACCUCCCGGGUAUGACUAAAGUUGCUGUUGGAGAUCAGCCUCCAGACAUCGAGCAUCAAAUCCGAGACAUGCUGAUGCAGUUCAUCACCAAGGAGAGCUGUCUGGUCCUGGCAGUCACCCCUGCUAACAUGGAUCUGGCUAACUCAGACGCUUUGAAGAUUGCCAAAGAGGUGGACCCACAAGGUCUUCGUACCAUUGGGGUUAUAACAAAGUUGGACCUCAUGGAUGAAGGCACAGAUGCAAAAGAUAUUCUCGAAAAUAAACUGCUUCCACUGAGAAGAGGUUACAUUGGUGUGGUAAACCGGAGUCAAAAAGAUAUUGACGGGAAGAAAGACAUUCGUGCUGCACUUGCUGCAGAGAGGAAGUUCUUCCUGUCCCACCCUGCCUACAGGCACUUGGCAGACCGUAUGGGCACCCCUUAUCUGCAAAAGGCUCUAAACCAGCAAUUGACCAAUCACAUCAGGGACACACUGCCUGGGCUGCGUAGUAAACUGCAGAGUCAACUCCUCUCUCUGGAGAAGGAGGUGGAAGAGUACAAGAAUUUCCGUCCUGAUGAUCCAACUCGCAAGACAAAGGCCUUGUUGCAGAUGGUUCAGCAGUUUGGUGUGGACUUUGAAAAAUGCAUCGAGGGAUCUGGGGACCAGGUGGACACUAAUGAGUUGUCAGGUGGUGCCAGGAUUAACCGACUUUUCCAUGAACGCUUCCCCUUUGAGCUAGUCAAGAUUGUGUUUGAUGAGAAAGAACUGAGGAGGGAAAUCAGUCAUGCAAUCAAAAAUGUCCAUGGUGUCAGAACGGGGCUCUUCACCCCCGACCUGGCUUUCGAGACGAUUGUCAAAAAGCAGAUCCGCAAACUCAAAGAGCCCAGCCUCAAAUUUGUGGAUCUUGUGCUGACUGAAGUCACUGCUCUCGUCAUGAAGUGUGCCAAUAAGCUCAACUCCUACCCCAGACUGAGAGAGGAGACUGAGAGGAUCGUCACCACCCACGUCAGAGAAAGAGAAGGGAAGACCAAGGAUCAGGUCCUGCUGCUGAUUGACAUUGAGCUGUCCUACAUCAACACCAACCAUGAGGACUUCAUAGGCUUUGCUAAUCUUGACUACAGAAGGCUGGAUGAUGGUAGCUCCCCAGGGUACGGGAACAACAGUGCUCAGCAGAGGAACAUUGCUACCAACAAGAAGAGGGCAGUACCCAACCAGGGUGAAAUUUUGGUAAUCAGGAAAGGUUGGCUAACCCUCAACAUCAGCAUCAUGAAGGGAGGCUCCAAGGAAUUCUGGUUUGUGCUGACAGCUGAGUCUUUAUCCUGGUACAAGGAUGAGGAGGAAAAAGAAAAGAAGUACAUGUUGCCUCUGGACAACCUGAAGCUCAGAGAUGUGGAGAAAGGCUUUAUGUCCACAAAGCAUAUCUUUGCAAUCUUCAACACUGAACAGAGAAACGUCUACAAGGAUAAUCGACAAAUAGAGCUGGCCUGUGAUUCUCAAGAAGAUGUAGACAGCUGGAAGGCAUCCUUCCUCAGGGCGGGGGUUUAUCCUGAAAAAGACCAGGUGGAGAAUGAAGAGGUUGCACCUACAGACACCUUCUCCAUGGAUCCCCAGUUGGAGCGGCAGGUGGAAACUAUCCGUAACCUGGUGGACUCGUACAUUGGAAUCACCAACAAAUCCAUCAGAGACCUUGUGCCCAAAACCAUCAUGCACCUCAUGAUCAACAACGCGAAAGAUUUCAUCCACUCGGAGCUGCUGGCUUAUCUUUACUCAUCCGGGGACCAGAACAGCCUCAUGGAGGAGUCUGCUGACCAGGCCCAGCGUAGGGACGAAAUGUUGCGCAUGUAUCACGCGCUCAAGGAGGCACUACACAUCAUUGGCGACAUCACCACCAUCACGAUCUCCACGCCAGUUCCACCACCUGUAAAUGAUACCUGGCUCCAGGAUUCCAGCCCCACCCCUCAGCGAAAACCAGCUCCUGCGUCUUCCCAGCCCCCCAGCCGUCCACCUGCUGUUCGGGGCCCAACACCAGGACCACCUAUGAACCCUUCCCCGGCCUUUAAUACCUCUCCAGCGUUUGGUGCACCCCCUAUCCCCUCCCGCCCAGGUCCACCUGCCAAUGCCUUCAACAGCGCUCAGGAUCCCUUCAGCGCACCACCACAGAUCCCCUCCCGGCCAGCCCGUAUCCCACCCGGUGUACCCAGCCGAAGACCCCCUGGUGCACCGUCUCACCGGCCCACCAUUAUUCGUCCUGCAGAGCCUUCCCUGCUAGACUAGACCUGUGGCCAAGCCCACCCUAGAAUGCUUUUUUGUUCCUGGAUGUGUGUCUGUGGGCCUGGGAUGAGGGGUUUGAGAGGAGGUGUUGACUUGGAGCGAUGUGUAGAUUUCAUUGCCAGGCAUUGAGAGGUUUAUUCAAGCAAUGUGAAUAAGCUGUUAAUACUGUCUAUAUACAUGCACAGGAAGCUAACAAGCCCUUUACUACUUUAAUAUUACAUUUAUCUGCCAUGUAUUAUAAACUAAAUUCCAUCGUUAGCAGUGAUGUUUUAAAUUCAAUUCUUUUUUUCUUUUUUUUCUUUGCACUGGUUCUCAGCCAUGUUACACACAUAACCGGUACAGGGUGUCUCCCCUCCUCCCCUCACUCGAUUUCCAGGCCCAGAUACUCUGUAUAUAGAAUACAUUCAUAACCGGUUGUUAAUGUUUCACUGGUUUUCAACAUCUCAGCUCAUUUCAGACUGAAAACAAUAGCUUAAUAUAAUAUUUCUGGUGGUGUCGAUUAUAUCUAAUUUGUUCUUGCUCUGUUUUAUUUGAGUGGCUGUCCUUGUUGAUGAGCGUUAUAAAUGUAGCUUUAAAUUAGGUUCUGAUUGCAACAGAGUCGACUCAUAAACCACACAAGGACGAGUUGAAAGAGAUUCAUAGUCUGUCUCCCUCCAUUUUUUAAUUAUUAUUCUAUACUGAAAAGAUGUCAACAAGAUUGACUGUUCUAAUCCAAGCACUUCUAGCCACUGAGCCUUACAAGAAGCCACUCACAACAGGGACGCUGUAGUUGAUUACCAGAACACUAUGCACACACCCCCAGUAGAGAGAGAGAAAGCCAGACUGAAGUCUGUCUGCGCUUUCAGACGUUGAAGUUUGAAUAAUCCUUUUAGUCUCAGCUUGAUCCCUGUGAGGUUUGCUGCCUCGGAGUCGAAUCUAAUUCCAAGAUGAGCUGAUUUAAAAAGAGCAGAUUUCUCUUAAAGAGGAUUAAACCAUAUUUUUCAGCUCGUAUAUUAUUUAUAACCUGGUUUUUUUUGGUCGCACUUCUAAAGGCUUGAUCCAGCUUCCUUCUUACCCAGUUCCUUCGUUUUCAUCCAGAUUUAUGUGAAUUCAGCUGCAGGGAUUGGUUUCAUUGGUUUAUCCGCUGAAUGUUGCCUGAUUUGUUUUUUUAAGGGUUUCUUUUUUUU